UAUUGAUAACAGGAGGGCAUUUUGUGGCUGGUCAUUGAAAAAACCACAUCUAGCAAUCAUGCAGGCAAUACAAUUAUUAUUUGUUUUAAUUGUAGCAGUAGUAGCUGCUUCAGCACAAAAAUCCUACGAUGGAUUCAAGCUGUACAAAGUGGUGCCAAAAACACAAAAACAAGUGCAAAUUUUAGAACAAAUAAGAGAUUCGGGAUUGGGGGACUUUUGGAUGGACUAUUUCAAAGUCGAUGAUGAUCUCAGGGUGUUGGUGUCUCCAGAAAUGCAAGAAGUGGUUCAAGGAAGGUUAAUGCAAGCAGGAUUGGAAGUCAAAACUAUUAUAGAGGAUGUUCAACAAGUAAUCAACCAGCAAUUGAACCCAAACCAAGUCGUCUCAUCUAGAAGCAGCGGCUUCCUUUCUUACGACUGGGAUAGCUACCAUAACUUGACCGUCAUCGAAGAAUGGCUUGAUGAAAUCGCCGCUGCUUAUCCUUCUGUCGUCUCUCUCGUUACCAUGGGUUACUCUGUCGAGAAUAGACCGAUCAGAGGAAUCAUCAUCAACUACAACUCCAACAUAACAAAGCCUGUUGGCAUCAUUGAGGGAACCCUUCACGCUAGGGAGUGGAUCUCACCAGCUACCGUCACUUGGAUUAUAAAAGAGUUCUUGAACAGUACUGAUGCUGAUGUUAGAGCAAUGGCUGAGGACACGGAGUGGCAUAUCUUCCCAGUGGUGAACCCAGAUGGCUAUGAAUAUACUUUUAAUAGUAACCGAAUGUGGAGGAAGAACAGAAGUACGGCAAAUUUCACCUCUUGCAAUUCUACCGGCGUCAACGAUGACAUGAGCAACGGGGUUGAUUUGAACAGGAAUUUUGAUUUUUACUGGAUGAGUGUCGGGGCCUCAGACAAUCCUUGUACCAACACCUUCGCUGGACCUUCAGCUGGCUCCGAGCCGGAGACCAAGGCAAUCUCCCAGUAUGUUCUGAACCUGCACCAGGGCGGAAGGAACAUCAUGUACUAUCUGUCAUUCCACUCGUUCUCCCAGCUGUUCAUCUUACCGUACAGCCAUGUUACCGAGCCAGCUGCUGACAAUCACGACGAUUUGAUGGUAAUAGCAUCAAACAGUUCCAGGAAAAUUUUCGAGAGAUACCAAACCACGUACAGAGUGGGAAUAGCUCAGGAAGUUUUAUACCCAAUGAGCGGCUCGAGCUUUGACUGGGUAAAGCUGUACGCAGACGCCUCCGUCAGCUAUUUGAUCGAACUUAGAGACCUUGGGGAAACCGGCUUCCUUCUUCCACCAGAGCAGAUCAUACCUAACAAUCUGGAAAUGAUGGACGGAUUGAUAGAAAUGGAUAAAGCAACGAAGCGAUUGGGAUACUUUUCUGGCGCUUCUAGCGUUAUCUAUUCGUUGACUUUAGUUAGUUUAGCUGUAGUUUUUGUUAAUUUGUGUGACUUAUUGCAAAUUAUUAUAGAAAAUUUUAAUCUGCUAAUAAUCUCUGAUAAUAUAACAACUGAAAGGAUUAAUAUUCCAUUUCGUGCUAUAAUUUUAACGAAAUCAGUUGCUACAAUGAAAGAAAUACAUUUUUUUAUAAUAUUGUUAGUGGCGACAGUAGUUAUAGCAGAAAAAAAGUCCUACGAUGGAUACAAAUUGUAUAAAGUUACACCAAAAACUGAGAAGAUAGUGAAUAUUUUAGAACAAAUAAGAGAUGCUGGUAUUGCAGAGUUCUGGAGUGAUUUUAUAAAUGUGGAUAGUGACAUCAGAAUAUUAGUUGAUCCAGAAAAGCAAGCAGUGUUUCGAGGAAGGUUAAUUCAAGCCGGUGUGGAGGUCAAAACCAUUAUUGAAAAUGUCCAACAAGUCAUUAACAACCAACUGAAUCCAAUAGAAGUGGAUCCAUCUAGAAGCAGCAGUUUUCUUUCCUACGACUGGAAUGCCUACCACAACUUGACUGACAUUGAAAGGUGGCUUGAUGAAGUGGCCACAACAAACUCUUCUGUCGUCACUAGAGUUACCAUCGGGCAGUCAACUGAGAACAGGCCUAUUAGAGGAAUUAUAAUCAACAUCAACCGGAAUAGGAGGAAGCCUGUGGGCAUCAUUGAAGGUACUCUCCAUGCAAGGGAGUGGAUUUCAGCAGCUACCGUCACUUGGAUCAUCAAAGAGUUUUUGACAAGUUCUGAUCUAGAUGUCAGGAGAAUGGCAGAGGAAACUGAGUGGCACAUAUUUCCAGUGGUGAAUCCUGAUGGAUAUGUUUACUCUUUUACUGAUAACCGAAUGUGGAGGAAAAACAGAAACCCAGCGCACUUUACAUCUUGCCUUGCUGCCGGUGUUCCUGAUGAUAUGAGCCGAGGAGUGGACCUGAACAGAAAUUUCAAUUUCUUCUGGAUGUCCACUGGAGCAUCAAGCAACCCUUGCACAAACAAUUUCGCCGGUCCAUCAGCAGAGUCAGAACUAGAAACAAGAGCCAUCGCGCAAUACGUGUUGGGUCUAAGACAGAAUGCGGACAUCGUGUACUAUCUGUCUUUCCACUCGUAUCUCCAGUGGAUAAUGUUGCCGUACAGCCAUGUGAAUGUGCCAUCUGUUAACAAUCAUAAUCAUUUGAUGGAAAUAGCAACAAACAGCUCUGUGAAGAUUUCAGAGAGAUAUGGAACUCGAUACGAAGUUGGAAUAUUAAAUCAACUCAUGUUUCCAGCCACAAUAAGUGGUUCAAGCUUCGACUGGGCCAAAUUCCACGCGAAUGCUUCUAUUAGCUAUUUAUUUGAACUACGAGAUCUUGGAGAAUUCGGUUUCCUCGUGCCACCUCAGCAGAUCAUACCUAACAAUUUAGAAAUAAUGGACGGCUUGGUAGAAAUGGACAAGGCAACAAAGCGCUUGGGUUACUUCUCUGACGCUUCUAAGGUUGUUUACUCUUUGACGCUAGUUAGCUUAGCAGUGAUUUUCGGGAGUUUUGUAAACUAGUGUAGAUGUAUUUUAGGGUAAUUGUAAUCAGAAAUAAAGGAAAAUACAUAAACGUACUUGAAAAAUA